AUGAAAUCAAGGUUGAUGUCUCUGAAGCAAACACCGACAUGCCUCCGGCCAACACCAUGGCGGGUAAAGCCAUGGUCGUCUCAUCGACUGUUGGUAAUGGCAGCCAGGGCAGCGCCAGCGAUUCGGACGACAUUCGCUAUCCCCCUCGGGACCAUCCAAUCUGGGGUCUUGAGGGAAUCAUGCACGGAUUGAGAUUGAAGCGGGGAAAACAUUCAGGCCCAGUCUAUAUGAUUGACGAGCGAUAGUUAGACGAGAAGCGCAAAGCCGACGUUUACGGCGACAACGGGCUGGCAGUGGGGGAUUGGUGGCCGCUGCAGCACGCCGCGUGGUUCCACGGGGCGCACGGCCACACCAUGCAGGGCAUCUACGGCUCUGUCAAGACCGGUGCCUACUCGAUCGUCGUAUCGGGCAAGGCCACAGCGUAUGCCGGCGAUAUGGAUGAUGACCGCGGCGAGGUGCUCCUCUACAGCGCCGACGGCAGCAUCAAACACCGCGACCCGCUCCAUUUGGCCGACCCCAGCUGGGGAACCAAGUGCCUGCAGGCGUCGCUGCGCACUGGGAAUCCGGUCCGCGUCCUUCGCAGCGCGGGACCCAAGAAGGCGCGGGACCCAAGAAGGCGCUCGCCCCCUGCGUCGGGAUUUGCUAUGACGGCCUGUAUCGCGUAACCAAAGAAAUCAGGUCGAAAAACAAACAUAACGGCCUGUAUCGACGGCUCUAGAUUCUAGAGAAGGGGUUGUUGCUAAGUUUCUC